UGCAGCCUGUAUAUAUUGUACUUAUUAUUGUGUUAUGUAUUGCUGUGUUUAUAGUUCGCAAAAAAAUAUUUUGAUUGAGAAAGAUUGAGUUUUGAACUUUGAUAGUUUUAUAAAUUAUUAUGACAAUAAUUUAACGUUAAUUAUUUCAAAAGAGCACGCAAUAUGACAUCAAAAACUAUAUGCAUUGCUCAAGAAGGACCAGCAAAUGCCUUAGCCCUUAAUAAAGAUAAUAGCCAGGUUGUGAUAGCCGGUCGUAACGUUUUUAAAAUAUUUACCUUGCUGGAGGAUAAGUUUGAAGAAGCCUGUAAUCUUCGCGUUGGAAAAAAUUUAAAUCUUAAUUUUUCUUGCAAUGAUGUUGCCUGGAACCUCAACGAUGAUCAUAUACUGGCAACAGCAGCAACAAAUGGCGCAGUGGUUGUUUGGAAUCUAAAUAAACAAUCACGAUCAAAACAGGAGCAUGUAUUUAUAGAUCACAAAAGAACUGUGAAUAAAGUGAGUUUUCAUAUGACAGAACCUAUGUGGUUGAUAUCUGGCUCACAAGAUGGUACUAUGAAAUGUUUUGACUUAAGAAUAAAAGAAGCCAUCAAAACCUUUUAUAGUAAUACAGAAUCGGUGAGAGAUGUUCAAUUUUGUCCACAACAACCACACACUUUUGCAGCUGUAUCUGAAAAUGGACAUGUACAGCAAUGGGACAUGAGAAAACCAGAUCGUUAUUUUCAGCAUUUUACCGCACAUAGUGGUCCGAUAUUUGCUUGUGAUUGGCAUCCUGAAGCCACUUGGCUUGCUACUGCAUCUAGAGAUAAAACUAUUAAGGUUUGGGAUUUGUCAGGCAAACCAAGUUGCGAUUAUGCCAUACAUACUAUUGCAUCAGUGGGACGCAUUAAAUGGAGGCCACAGAAAAAAUAUCACAUAGCAAGUUGUGCUUUAGUGGUUGAUUGCAGUAUAAAUGUAUGGGAUAUUCGCAGACCAUAUAUUCCAUUUGCAAGUUUCAAUGAGCAUAGAGAUGUACCCACAGGUGUGGCAUGGAGAGGCAAUCCACAAUCAUUUCUAUCGACAAGCAGAGAUUGCACUUUGUAUCAUCAUAUUUUUGAUGAUGCGAUAAGACCAGCCAGCAAAGCAAAUCCACAAAGUGUUGCAUUAGGUUUAAAGGGUGAAGUCACAUAUGCUUGUAAAGUAAAAUAUGAACCGGCGGCUACCGCAAGACAACUGACUAGCAUAAUGAGGAGAACACUUGUGACAAAUGAUGAUAAUUUUUGUGUGGCUUCAAGUGUAACUCAUAGAUUCACUUUGAACAAUUGUCAACCAAGUUGGUUCAAGAUAGCCGCGGAAGGUUAUCUGCUUUCCGGGAAUUUAAAUGAUAUCUGUGAUCACAAUGCACGUGUCGCAAUCGGUUUUGGCAAAACAACUCUUGGUAUAGCAUGGCAAGUUCUGAAAAUUAUGUAUGGAGAUCCCCUUGAAUUGCUAUUAAAAAUAGCCCCCAAGGAAGAUAUAGUUAAUGCUUCAAACAUAACACCAGGAGCAACAAAGAAUUCCGGCAUGGAACAAUCAAAUGCAAGCAAACAAUCGAGUCAUGAACACGAUGUGAAAUCUCUUCAGGGAGAAAAUCCGACUGGUGUUGCUAGCGGCGGAGACGACGAAACCGAAACAGAAACAGAUGCACCGGAGAAUCAAAAUAUUACAGGACCGUCAACUAAUUUGGCAACUGUCCUGCCAAGAAGACCAUUGCUCAGUGAUGUACCCUCGACGUCGAAAGGUGACUUUAUUUUUGGAGAAACUGAAUAUGAGCCUGUGUCAUUGGAACAUCCUGGCGAAAGUAGACAUAUUGUUAUGCGUAUGGAGGAUGAUGAAUGGACCAAGGAAUUGCAAAAAGAAGCUUUCCCUUUACGGCACGAGAUAAAAGAUCGAUCUCCGCCACCAGAACAAUUUCCUAACCAUCCCACUGAACUCGGCGAAGAUCCAACUUCUGUUAUAAUCGAGGAUCAACCUCAAUUAGUAGUACCACUUCUACCUAAGCCAUUGUUGUUCGAUUUUACAUCCGUGAUCUUGGAAGCAUUGGAAUAUCAUGCAGCAGUGAGAGAUGUUCAAACAACAGUAUCAAUGCUAAUUGCUCUAGGAGAAAAGAGGAAAAAUUUGAAACUUCCAAUAGCUUUGCAAGAACAUUGGAUACUGGAAUACUUAGAUAUGCUUGGCAAAUUCAAACUCUGGCAUAUAGCUACACAGAUAAUACAAUUGGCAUGGAUUCCUUCUAUAUCGCAACUGAAUCAACAAUCGACCCUGAUUCACGUAUCUUGUGCAGCAUGUACAAAACAAUUACAACGAUCAGCAUGGUUGUGUGAUCAUUGUCAUACAUCCGAACAUGCUCUGUGUUCUGUUUGUAAUCAGGUUGUACGUGGAAUGUAUGUGUGGUGUCAAGGUUGUGCACAUGGAGGCCAUAUAAAUCAUAUGAAGGAGUGGUUUAAUGGCAAUCGGCAAUGUCCUGCCGGUUGCGGACAUUUGUGUGAAUACAAUUAAAGAAUCGAUAUUUGUUAUUAAUAAUAAUAUAUAAUUUUUUGUAAUAUUCUUAUUACAAUCGUGUUAAAUUAUAAUGGAGGCAGUAUCUCGUAAUUUUUUUGCGACAUUUAAAAUAAUUAUUUUUUCAUUUUCGCGUUUGAUAGCAGAGAUUGAUAAAGUAUAUUGAAAAUUUUCUCUUUAUAUUUUACAAUUUUACAAAUUUUGAUCAAUUUUUAUUAAUUGUAAAUCAACCCUAUAGGAAAAUAUAGGAUAUAUGUAGAUUAAAUAAAUGCAAUUACUAAUACAAACAAUAAGAAAAAUUUUUAAUAUAUUUUAUUAGUUCAUACUUCUGAAUAUAAGUAGUAUACAAAAGGAAUAAUUCAAUAAGAAAAAAAAAUGCAAGUAAUUUUCUGCUUUUGACUUUAUAACUCAUAUGGCUGCAGAGAGAGAACAGAAAGAAUAGGAGGAUAAGGCUGAAUUUUAGAUUAGAUAGAGUGCAAUAAUAUUAGAAUGAUUUAAUAAGAAAAAAAUAUUCUGCUGCAUCGCUAGCAUCUACUGUUUAUACCAUUGCACCUGUUCCCGACUAUUGCUGUCCAUAUACGUACACGAUUGUAUUGCUCGCGUGUACGCACUAUGGAGAGGAAAGAUAGAAAAGGAUUAAUGAUCACAUUAUCCUUGUUCCUCUAGCGUGUACGACUGACAUAGGCCUGAUGAUAGAAAGAAAAGCAACAUGAUUAAUGGGGACCCUUUUUAUGAAUUUCAUACUUAUGUAAACGUAUACAUAAAUAUUUAAAUUAUUAUAUAAUUUACUAAUGUAAUUUUAUUACAAAAAAGACUUCCUUUUGUGCUUUUCCAUGGUUGCAAAAAUUGUUAUAUAUUUAUUUAUAUUUAUAUGUUUUAUAGAAUAAUUUAAUAAUAAAAAACCGUGUAUUUAUGUCAGAAAUUUAUGUCAUUAUUCUAGAUAAUA